AUGACACACACUCCCCACACGUUCCCAGAGUCUAUCAAGCUCCAUGAUGAUGAGACGAGCUCUACCCAGUCGGAGGCCUCUGACACCGUUCCUAACACGUUCGAGGGUCCGGAGAAGAACCUCGAGAUUGACUUUAAACUCGGUGUCGGCCACACACGCGGCUUGCGCGAGGUGUCCCGCCAACACUUGGACGAGAUGCUGGAAGCUGCACAAUGCCAAAUCUUGUCUCGCACUAGCAACGAGCAUAUUGAUGCCUACGUGCUGUCUGAGAGCUCCAUGUUCAUUUACUCGCACAAGAUUGUGCUCAAGACGUGUGGUACUACCACGUUGCUCAACUGCUUGGAGUUUAUCAAGACGUUUGCGGAACGACUGGGCCUUGAGAUCGAAUGGGUCAACUACUCCCGCAAGAACUAUACCUUUCCAGAAGAGCAAAAGUAUCCACACACGAGUUUUCAGACUGAGGUAGCGUUCCUGAGCUCCUACUUCCCGAAUGGGUCCGCUCAUGUGCUGGGACCAUUGAACCGCGAUCACUGGUAUAUCUAUGCGUGGGAUGCCGAUAUUCAUGAGCAGCCGCAUGCUGGUACCUUGAUACGUCAUGACCCUAUGCAAAAGUUUAGUGCAAACGAGAGCACACUUCACGUGCUGAUGCAGGACAUGCACCCGAGUGUGGCCAAGCAGUUCUUUAAGAACAACGACAGCACUAUGACGUCACGUCGAAUGACGAUUGAAAGUGGAAUCCGCGAUUUAGUACCCGGUGCCGUGAUCGAUGAUUUUGCCUUCGAUCCAUGUGGCUACUCGAUGAACGGUAUCUUGUUUGAUGCGUACUACACGAUCCAUAUCACUCCGGAAAGCGACUGCAGCUACGUAAGCUUUGAGACCAAUGCUCGCCUCCGUUCGUACGCAUCUUUGUUGAAAAAUGUGCUACGUUGCUUCCGUCCAGCCAAGUACUCGGUGAGUGUGUAUACAGACCGCAACGCACUGGAGUCGGCCAAGGGCAACAAUAUGUUUGCCGAGGACCUAGUCAAGAUUGAUGAGGACUUGCUGUACAGGCGUAAGGGUGGCCAUACGCAGGCGACGUUUGAGGGCGACUACAUGUGUCGGAUGGCCAAUUACUCUCAAUCGGACAAGCUCGUUCUUAGUCGCGCCGCACAAAAGAUUCGCUCUCCUUCCUUUGCUUAG